UUUUCAGCUGGCACGCGUUCAGCCCCAAUUUCUCCGACGCGUUAUCUGCUGUCUAUCUCAUGGACAUAAACUGAUCUCCCUUCACCGCCAUCUAUUACUAUCUGUGAUAUCUGUGAUCUCACGGGAGCAAAUUCGCUUAAUCAAAACGCAGGAGCUGAUCGAGAUAGCACGCAGAGCGUAUCCGUUGAGAUGGCUGAACAGUUACUCUCGGCCAGAUCCUGCGUCAGCAAGCUCUCCCCACAGCGCGAACUCGCGCCCUGUUACUAUAACCCGCCUUCCCCACAGCUGACGGAGCUUCCUAUCGAGCUUCUAGUAGAUAUCGCGAAUCGUCUUGGGAAUAGCGAUAUCAAGAAUCUUCGUCUGGCAUGCAAGCUUCUCGCCAGCACAUCAACGCUGCGCAUCAGCCGCGUUUUCUUGUCCGCGAAUCCCCUCAAUGUUGAAGUCUUCCGCGCCAUCGCCGACCACGAGACUUUUCGUCAUGGCGUCAUCGAAAUCAUCUACGACGAUGCCCGGCUUCCACGGUCCGCGUAUGAAGAUGCAUCAGCACGGCGGCCCGACUUGCUACGUUAUAGCGGCUCUGAGCAGAUAGGCGUGCAGACUAAUGAAAAUUGGUUUAACAAUGAGCGCCAACAAAACAUUCAGGAGAUUGGCCGUCAUGAGUUCCAUACCGGAGGCCAGUGGGACAGUCCUGCUCGAGUGGAGCAAGCGGCCGCUGAGAUGUCAAUGCAGGCAUCGUGGACAUACUAUCAAGAUCUAGUCCGCCAGCAGGACGAAGUAAUUGCAAACGACUCUGACCUAGAGGCCCUGCGAUAUGGGCUGCGGCAGUUCUCAUCAUUGCAAACCGUUAUUAUUACUCCAGCUGCUCACGGCUUACUAUUCAGCCCGCUGUACAAGACGCCGAUGAUUCGGGGUUUCCCUCCCGGCUUUAACUAUCCUAUCCCGCGCGGCUGGCCUGCACGUCACGAGGGACAAUCUUCUUUCGGAGCCGCUGCAUGGAUUAACGAAGAAGAUACCAUCUGGGCUGAGCGGGUUAGAGGUAUGUGGCGUGGCUGUCAGAUUGUUGCCCGCGCUCUCGCACAAGAGCAUCGGCACCACCACGUGUCCGAGUUUCUCAUUGACUCAAAUCAGCUUCUCACUGGGCUUAACUGUCGUCUUUUUGAGCAACGAUGCAAAGCGUACAAUGACAUAGUGUCGGUACUUAAGCAUCCUGGCCUUCGGCGCUUCGAUCUUUCACUCCACAUUGACGGACAGCAGCAAUUGAGCUGGCCAGCUUUUCGUAGCGGCCUGUUGCGUCGUGCUCUAGCUAAGGCUGUGGAUUUGGAGCAUUUUUCCUUUGCGGCUGACACAGAUCCGGACAUUGUCGAUGAAGGAGAUUCGCCCCCGUUGUUGGAGACGUAUCUUCCCAUUGAUCGCUGGCCCCGGCUUCAGCAUCUCAGGCUAUGGAAUUUAUCUGUCAAAAAGGUCGAACUGCUCUCAUUUUUAGCCAAAAUUCCACCAACACUGUCUUCACUUGAGCUCGGUCGUUUAAUAUUUUCCGAUAAUGGAGAUUAUCGCAGCCUGCUCAGUGAUAUACGCCGAAUUCUCCGCUGGCAAGAACGGGAGAUUCGACCCAGAUUCAAGAUUGCCUUGCCUCGCAAACCAUAUUAUAGAGAUGGACAGGCUGUUUGGCUCGAGAAGGAGGUUAAUGAGUUUUUAUAUGGACACGCUGUUAAUCCAUUUGAUGCGAGACUGGGUUUGAAUAGGGUACGGCAAGGCGUGGGUGUCAUACGUGAUGCAUUUAUUGCAGACUAUGAGAAGCCUUGGUAAAUGAGCUUGAGAGUGUGAAUUUUCCAUUAAUAGUCGCACUGAGUAAUAUACUUAGAUUUUAUUUACUCUUGAAUACUUGUUUAUAUCGAGCACAUAGCUGGGAAAUGUAAAAUGUAGUGUUAGGAGAAAAGGAAUUGUCGAUAUCACUCAAAGAAAAAGGUCUAUAUAUGUAUCUAUCUAUAUAUGUGUCAGG